GAAUGUUUCCAAAUGUCACAGAUUCAAUAUCGUUCACAACGGAGAUAACGUACAGUCAGAAGAUUGACAGAAUCUGGGGAUCAAUUGGACUGUUAUGCGGAGCGUUCACCAUUAUUGGCAACAUGUUCGUAUUCACGAUUCUCAUCAGGCUACCCAAACGUAGUCUCGCUGACUUUGCUUUCAUCAACUUGUCAAUUAUAGACACUAUUAGCGGUUUUACAGCUAUAGCAGGUUCCUGGUUCCUAUUGGAUGAUAGAACCUGGCUUGCUAGCAGUGGAGUUUUACACACCGUAACUUGCUACAUGGCAGGUAUGACCUGGAACGCAGCGUCCCUAACUACACCCCUCUUGGUAUCAGUAGUUAGCAUUGGCCGGCUAUCAGCUGUUUAUCUGCCUCUAAAAUACGACAAGAUCUUCACCCGCCCUGUAGUUUACUCCAUGCUAAUCUACUGCUGGUUACACGGAGCUGUCGCUUCUUCUCUCAGCUUGUUGGGGGACACUGGGAACGGUAAAUAUGCGCUAUACAGAGGUUGGGGGUUCUGCGACCAAAGCAUCAAGAGUGCGUACGAGAGCAAGAAAACAUUUACAGCUCUGUACAUGACCUUCUUUACGCUUCCCAUGAUGCUGACAUGUGCUUGCAUCGUGUUUUGUAAUCUACUGGUUAUGACAAGGAUAAUAAUGAUGAAGAUAAAACCCGACCCGAACGUCAUGCUAUCUGAACAAACCAGCACUACCAAGGUAAUGCUGACGAAGAUAGGGAAUAUGGGACACCAACUAUCUCGAGUAGCCACAGUACAGAAUUUUGGAAAUUCUAUUAGAAAGGGCUACAACUACAAGGCCUCGACAAAAGAUGCUCAGCAAGAGUUGUCCAUGAGCACAGCGACUACUGGUGCAGAGAGUAGCGGCUACAAACACUUCGAGAUAGUAUCACUUGACAAUAACAGUGAAACUCACUUCAACAAGACAACAGGCUCUUCAGUUAAAUCUUCACUGAAGAGAAGGCAAAGCAAACUGAACAAAUUAAAGAGUUUCCAGAAGCAGAAGAGAGCCAAGAGGGAAAACAGGGCUAUUUUCAUGACUUUUCUAGUGUCAGUCAGUUACCUCAUCUGCUAUAUGGAGAUUAUAAACUUUUACACCCUUGCUUCAUUCAAUGACUCCCCGAGGACGCUCUUUGAGAAAGUACUGGGUAUAACGGGGAACCCUCUGGUGGAGACGUAUGUCUAUUUGUGGUAUUAUUUCUCUCUGUUUGCUGCAGCUGCUACUAAUGUCCUGCUCCACCUGCUCUUUAAUCACGUGGUGAGGAAUGGACUCACAGCUAAGGGUAGAAAGUCUAGAGAGGAGAUGAACAAUAGGAGUAGUGGUAGGUCCUGUAUGACAAAUAACUGAGUGGUGGUUUAACAGGCACAUUAUGAUAUUAGGUGGUUUUACAGGCACAUUCUGAUAUUAGGUGGUUUUACAGGCACAUUCUGAUAUUAGGUGGUUUUACAGGCACAUUAUGAUAUUGGAGGGUUUUACAGGCACUUUCUGAUAUUAGGUGGUUUACGAACUCUUCUAAAUAUUUAACAUUAUAUCACCUCUCUCUCUCCGAUGUAAAUUCUCAAUACCUC